UUUUGUCUCCGACCCUUCAAUUUGCCUUUCCCUUAUUCUAACACAUCACUUUUUCUUUCUGGUAUGUUUGCCUAGUGCUUCCGUGACGUGGAUUUUACUUCAACCCAGAAUCGAUUCUCAUGCCAUGCCGUACCGCUAUUUUAAAACUCGAGCAAAGUGCACAGCAUUAUAUAAAUAAUAAUACUUUGGUUACAAUAAUUUUUGAACAAAGAGAAGAAGCUUAUGCAUUUUCGAGAAAAGAGAAGAUGCAAAGAGGAACAGAAGGAGAAGAAGAAGCAGUGUCAAGGGGUUCUAAGUGCCAAGACUGUGGGAAUCAAGCCAAGAAGGAAUGUUCAUAUUCAAGAUGCAGAACUUGUUGCAAGAACAAAGGCUUUAAUUGCCAAACCCAUAUCAAGAGUACAUGGACUCCUGUUGAUAGAAGGCGCACCAAGGAUAAUAACCCAUCUUCAUCUCCACACAACUUUCACCCAGAUUUUCCUCAAAACCACAACCAGAUCAAUCCAUAUUCAGGUUUAGAGAUGAAAUUUCCUUGUGCUACGAGUUCGAUGGCUAUGUUUCGGUGCGUUCAGGUUCGGUCGGUGGAUGAUGCGGUUAACGAAAUAGCGUAUCAAACAUCUGUGAACAUUGGGGGGCAUGUAUUCAGUGGAAUACUAUAUGAUCAAGGCCCUGAACAAAACUAUAACAUUAACAAGGGUGAGAGUUCCACUGCUCUUGUUGAUGAACACCAAAAUAAUAGUCUUGGUCUGGUGAAGAAUUCUUCAAGUAGAGAUAGCAGUGGUGUAACUAUAGCCUCUGCCGGUCACGGUGACCCUCUUUUUCCUCCACCACCGUAUCCCUUUCCACUUGCUUCCUUCAGACCCGGUAUGCCAUAUUUCACAUACCCAAGAUCUUGAUUGCUUUCUUUGGGGAUCAUCAGCAGCAUAGAUAUGAUCGCAAUGCAUGGAAUUGAAGGCAUUUGGGUGAGGAAAAAAAUGAACUGAUUGAGAUUUGUGUGUUGUAUACCCUAGAAACACGCAAGUAUACCCUAGAAACAAAAUAGAGCUUGUUCUUUUGUGGUUGAAAAAUCGAGGACUCAGUUUGUUCCCAUUAUGGUUUUGAUGUGUAAUUUAGCAUGUGGC